CAACAACAACAACAACAACAACAACAACAACAACAACAACAACAACAACAACAACAACAACAACAACAACAACAACAACAACAACAACAACAACAACAACAACAACAACAACAACAACAACAACAACAACAACAACAACAACAACAACAACAACAACAACAACAACAACAACAACAACAACAACAACAACAACAACAACAACAACAACAACAACAACAACAACAACAACAACAACAACAACAACAACAACAACAACAACAACAACAACAACAACAACAACAACAACAACAACAACAACAACAACAACAACAACAACAACAACAACAACAACAACAACAACAACAACAACAACAACAACAACAACAACAA